AUGACUGUCUCCACCAUCCAAUUAGAGACCGUGCGGGCGUCCGUCGAUGCCGCACUGGAAACAUUGAACGAUUCGUUGCGCAAAUUGAACCAUGAGAUCUGGUCGAAUCCCGAACUUGCCUACCAAGAGCACCAUGCCCACGACACCAUCUGUGACUUCCUCGAACAACAGGGUUUCACCGUCACUCGCCAUGCAUAUGGAUUAGAUACUUCAUUCGAAGCCAUCAGUGGAUCAGGCGGCCGACUGAUCAACUUCAACGCCGAGUACGACGCGCUUCCCGAUAUCGGCCACGCCUGUGGACACAACCUUAUCGCGACCAGCAGUAUCGCUGCAUUCCUAGCUCUCGCCUUUGCAUUGAAGAAGUACGGGAUUCCUGGACGAGCAAAGUUAUUAGGAACACCAGCUGAGGAGAAUGGCGGAGGCAAGGCCAAGCUAAUCGAUGCGGGUGCCUACAAGGACGUGGAUAUUUGUCUUAUGGCUCACGGUGGAUCCCAGACAUUCUUCCCGGACAAGCCGGAAGUGACAGGAAUCGCCGGAACACUCAUGAACGCUCGCAAGAAUAUCCAUUGCGAGUUCUCGGGCAGGAGCGCGCAUGCGGGUGGAAAUCCUUGGGCUGGAGUUAACGCUUUGGAUGCGUUAAUUGCUUCUUAUAAUAACGUGGCAGUGCUUCGUCAGCAACUCAUGCCGGAUCAACGUGUCCAUGUUGCCUUUACAGACGUUCCUAAGGUGGCCAAUGUGAUUCCAGCGUAUACCAAGGCGUUCUGGCAGGUUCGAAGUCCGACAUUGAAAGGACUCAACUCGCUCGUCGCCAAGGUCCGCAAUUGCAUUGAAGCCGGUGCUUUGGCCACUGGUUGUCAAGUAACAGUCUCCGAGGAUGAGCUCUACACCGACGUCCGAUUGAAUGAUAAGCUCUGCGAGAGAUACCAGGUGCACAUGGGCUCGUACAACCGAAAUGUGAUGAAGCGUGACGACAAGGUCCUGACGGCAUCAUCAGAUAUCGGAAACGUUAGCUAUGUUGUCCCUACGUUACACACAAUGUUCGGCAUUCCCACGGAAGGUAACAGCUUCCCUCAUCAUCCUACAUUUACAGCUGCGGCUGGCACCGAUGCGGCACACGCUGAGGCGAUUAUUGUGGGCAAAUCGCUUUCGUUGAUUGGAUAUGAUAUAGCCACCAACGAUGAGAUGUACGAGAUCGUUCGCCGGCAAUGGCAAGAUGAAAUUGCCCGCGAGGAUUGA